ACUGGAGAAAUGGUACAAAAAACAGGGAGUGCGCCUCGCCCCAGGGAGGAGCUUGUUCAGGUUAAUGGCUUGAAGUAUGAUGAGAUUUUCCCGACUGCCAAAAACACUUUCCGCACGACAGUGAGCUGGGAGAAGCCACUUUUCACACAUAGUGAUGUAAAACACUACAUAUACAAAUUAACGGCGAAAAAUCUCCCGUUACGGAAAAGGAGGGAAACGCUUUUGAACACCGAGACCACAACGACUGGUACCAAUGUUACAAUUGAUGGGAUCAGUAGAGUUAAUGGAGUCGAAUUUCAGGUUACUCCGGUCUUCGUUGUGUCUGCGGUUACUGGUGCAGAUGCCAAGAUCUCGCUUGCCUGGAAAUCACAAACCGGUAAAAAUCAUCUGUCUGAUCCAAUGAGCCCAGCUGAGCUAGCUGGGCUUGUUAUAGGAGUGAUAUUAUCUAUAUUGAUAGCCGUAGCGCUACUUAGUUGGUGUUAUCUCGAAAGACAAAGAAAGAUAAGAGCUAAAGGGCGUGUCAUAGGCAAAAUUGCUCUAAUGGUUGAUCAUUGGGAAGUAGAUGGAGACUCAGUGACCCUGGGGGAGGAGCUUGGAGAAGGGGCCUUUGGAAAGGUGUACAAGGGGGUCCUGAAGGAGUCUACGUCGCCAUCACGGAAACUCUCAAUGAUGCCUCCAAAAAGCCUCACGCGUAGAAACACGCUCAAGCAGACGGAAGGACUUCUUGUGGCAGUUAAAAUGCUACAUGGAAUGGCAGAUAGCGAUCAGCGUAGAGAAUUUCUGGAGGAGAUACAGCUAAUGAAAGCCGUGGGAACGCACAAAAAUAUUGUCAAUAUGUUAGGCUGUUGCACUGUAGAGGAACCAAUGUUUUUGCUCGUUGAAUAUAUUCCUUAUGGAGACCUUUUGCAUUACUUACGAAAACGUCGGGGAAAGGUAAAAGAAUUUCUUGGUGACGAAUCACGUGGUCCCUAUCGCUCCACAUACUGCGAGACUUACGUAUUUGACAAACAGUUGGGGGAAAGAACAACAGUGGCCACAAGGAGUGACCGCAUUUAUGUCAACAGCCCUGAUGCACCAAAAGAUGACGAUAGAAAAAUUCAAAUUCUAUCAUUUUCAUCAAAAACAGAUGAAAAAGAGAUGGAAAGAAACCGGAAACUUCCUUUGAAGUGGAUGUCAGUCGAGGCCAUUUUUGAUCAAACCUUUACAACUCAGAGUGAUGUGUGGGCUUUCGGCGUUCUUCUGUGGGAGCUGGUAACAUUAGGCGGAACACCAUACCCUACAGUAAACAACAGAGAGUUGCUUCGUUUACUUAAAAAUGGAUAUCGGAUGGAAAAGCCAGACGUCUGUAACAGUGAAAUGUACGACAUGAUGAGGGAAUGCUGGUUGGAAAAUCCAUUCGACCGACCAACUUUUACUUUAAUCCGAGAGAGACUGGAGGAGAUGAUGCAGAAGGACAACCCAUAUUUGGACUUCAACGUCCUCGAUGAAUCUCGGGAUUAUUACAAUGCGCCAUCCUUUAACAGUUUAAUAGAAGAAUCUGAGGAUGAAGUGUUUGAAAAAGAAGAAGGCGAUGAGUCACUUAAAGAGGACAACGAUGAGAUUAUCAUUGACAAAGAUCAGCCAAUGAAGGACUCGAAUAAAAACGAAAUUGCUCCCUUGCCAAAACCUACAAAGUUUCCAGAAGAGGGGGAAAAUAACGAGCCAGUUCAUAUAGACAAGAUUGAAUUUAACAACAGUGAUUUUCAGAGUAAAGACUUGAAUGAUUUUAAAGAGGUAGAGGUAGAUUUUGACGCUCUUGAAAUGGCGUUAUAUCGGCAUGGCGGUAGGAGCAUUGUCCUUUAAGCAGAACUGCUGAAUCAAGGGAAGCCUGACAAAAAAAUUGAAAAGUAAGAAGGAAUUUUAAGAAGAAAUGUAAGAUAUCUACAGAAUUAUAGGGCUAAAAAAGAAAAUAAUUAUCAGUUUUAGUAUUACAGUGUUUUUUUUCUCAUGUUAAUGUGUUUACGUCGAAGCAUUUACCAGAGAAAUUCUUUCAAAAUUUCUCUAUUGUCGUAUGUAGCAUAAGUAUACUAGUCAUUCGAAGUUCAACAAACACACAGGCUCUUGCUUUUUAUUCUGUUUUUUUGUUUAAGCUCCUCUCUUUACUCAAUAUUAACUAGCGAAUAGAUUGAGAAUACAUGACAGUUUUACAAGAUGCGCAACAACACUGUUUGAAAUUGCAUGUCCUUGUAUGAGUACCUUUUGGCAAAUCAACUUCAGUGGCUGAUUUCGUUUCAAGAUAGAAAUUAAUGAAAAGCGCAUAUUUACUGUCCAUUCUGUGAAAUAGGAAAUGCGAUUCUCAAUUAAACUCUGAAUCCUGGUAUGAGUUACUCAGAAAUACUCUCCCCACAUCACCCACCCAGCCACCAAAAAAUACUUCCCAAACUGACUUUUCUAUUUAUUGCCUGGUUACACAGUCAGCAAA